CAGUUGAUGAUUUGAUAGAAGCGUCAUCGGGAGUUCAUUAUUCUGGAUUCCAUAUGGAGCAGCCACGUACUCCAGAAAUUGAGCAACCAACAACCUCUAUAGAUGAUAGUUUUCAUAAGCAACCCUUCAUCAUUGAAAUUGGAAAAAAGGACUACUUAUCCCAAUAUCAAUUCAAUUGUUGUUCUCCUCAGCAAUUCUUGGAAUGUUUCUUUGUGAUGUUCAUUUUUUAUGAUUCCCAGAGCAAAGGAUAUGUUUGCUUAAGAAACUGACUAUAAUUAUUCAAGCUUUCAUCAUGUGUACAUCAAAUGAUAGUGUUCGCUUCAAUAUGAAUGUUAAAAUUUAAAAAUAUGGUAGAGCUAUUCAUGGAUGCAUAUAACGUCGGGAUGACAAGGGGCUACAAUCUUGAGCAGCAUUGAAAUCUAGUCUGACUUUUUGCCUGCUUGUAAGUGAUUUAGUUGGCUAUCUGGUUUGGCUUAGAACUUUGUGGGAAUCUUUCUUUGACAUUGGAUUCUGGCUGCCUUUCAGAUGAAGUUAACACAAAAUUGAUUAUGCUGGGCGUUGCUGGAGGUGCUGCAUCUGGCAAGACAACAGUUUGUGAUUUAAUUAUUGAGCAGCUUCGUGAUCAGCGAGUUGUACUAGUUAACCAGGAUUCUUUUUAUCAUACUUUGACUCCUGAAGAACUGACAAAAGUUCAUGAGUACAACUUUGACCAUCCUGAUGCAUUUGACACCGAAAAAUUGUUGCGUGUGGUGGAGGAAUUGAAGCAGGGGCAAGCAGUAGAUAUUCCAAAAUAUGAUUUUAAGAGUUACAAAAAUGACGUAUUCCCUCUUCGAAGGGUCAAUCCUUCAGAUGUUAUAAUCUUGGAAGGCAUACUCAUCUUUCACGAUCCACGUGUCCGAGAUCUGAUGAAUAUGAAGAUAUUUGUUGAUACAGAUGCUGAUGUACGUCUCGCGAGGAGAAUAAGACGUGACACAGCUGAAAAGGGAAGAGAUAUUAGUAUGGUGCUUGAUCAGUACUCUAAGUUUGUGAAAGCUGCUUUUGAUGACUUCAUUCUUCCUACAAAGAAGUAUGCUGAUGUUAUCAUUCCCCGAGGUGGAGACAAUCAUGUUGCCAUCGAUUUGAUUGUGCAACACAUUCGGACAAAACUUGGUCAACAUGAUCUUUGUAAAAUAUAUCCUAACUUAUAUGUCAUUCAAUCAACUUUCCAGAUACGUGGCAUGCAUACACUUAUACGGGAUGGUCAUACAACUAAACAUGACUUUGUAUUUUAUGCUGAUAGAUUAAUUCGAUUGGUUGUUGAACAUGGUUUAGGACAUCUGCCAUUUACGGAAAAGCAGGUGUUGACUCCAACUGGAUCUGUUUACAGCGGUGUUGAUUUUUGUAAGAGGUUAUGUGGUGUUUCAGUAAUUAGAAGUGGAGAGAGCAUGGAGAAUGCCUUGCGAGCAUGUUGUAAAGGUAUCAAGAUUGGCAAGAUCCUGAUCCAUCGAGAGGGUGACAACGGUCAGCAGCUGAUCUAUGAGAAACUACCAUUAGAUAUUGCAGAAAGACAUGUCCUGCUGUUGGAUCCCAUCCUCGGAACAGGGAAUUCUGCUGUUCAAGCUAUUUCGUUACUGCUGAAGAAGGGUGUCCCGGAGUCCAACAUUUUAUUCCUCAAUCUCAUUUCUGCACCUCAAGGAGUACAUGUGGUGUGCAAGCGAUUUCCAAGAAUAAAGAUUGUGACAUCUGAGAUAGAAAUUGGCCUGAAUGAUGAUUUUCGUGUUAUUCCUGGGAUGGGUGAGUUUGGUGAUCGAUAUUUUGGCACAGACGAUGACUAAACGAAGAGUUGUGGCCCCUCCAUACCCCGCAAUCACAUAAUGAGAGAUGUAACGUUCUGUUCCAAUUCAAUUUUUUUUAAAGAUCUUUUAAAAGAAAAAAAGUAAGAUGAGCAUAUGGUGAAAACACUUGUGUAACGGAUAAAUGGACAUUUUGAAGCAUUUUUGAGUAUACAAGCCUUAUAAACGUGAUUUCUUUUUGCACUCUA